AUGGAUAAGCUCAUGAACAACAACAAAGCCAAGCUGACGUGUAUGCUGGUGGGGGGUCUGUGCUCCCUGGUGUUAUAUCACAUAAAAAAGAAAAUGAACUUUUCCUAUUUUCUGUUUUCGAAAAACUGGUUUAGCGAAUUUUCCCAGAUGUGGCCUGGUCAAGCCUUCAGUCUGGAAAUAAAGAGAAUCAUCCACCAGGCCAAGUCCAAGUAUCAGAGUAUCCUCGUCUUCGAGAGUAAAACUUUCGGGAACGUGUUAAUCCUGGACGGAGUCAUACAGUUAACAGAGAAGGACGAAUUCGCUUACCACGAAAUGAUGACCCACGUACCCAUGACAGUUGCCAAGGAGCCAAAGAACAUACUCGUUGUGGGAGGAGGAGACGGAGGAGUGAUCCGAGAACUAUGUAAAUAUAAGUCCAUAGAAAACAUAGAUAUCUGCGAAAUAGAUGAAAUGGUUAUCGAGGUAUCCAAAACGUUUUUCAAGAACAUCAGUUGUGGGUUCGACGAUAAGAGAGUAAACGUUUUCAUUGAAGACGCCAGUAAAUUUUUGGAGAAUGUCACCAACACAUAUGAUGUAAUUAUCGUGGACAGUUCUGACCCCAUCGGCCCAGCCGAAUCUCUGUUUAACCAGAACUUUUACGAAAAGGUGUACAACGCGCUUAAGCCUAAUGGAUACUGCGUCGCGCAGUGCGAGUCCAUUUGGAUCCACGUAGGAACGAUAAAGAGCAUGAUGGGAUAUGCAAAAAAAAUGUUCAAGAAGGUCGAGUAUGCUAACAUCAGCAUCCCGACGUAUCCCUGUGGCUGUAUAGGAAUUCUCUGCUGCUCCAAAAGCGACACCGGCAUGUCCAAGCCGAACAAACGCCUAGAGUCGAAGGAGUUUAAUGACCUGAAGUAUUAUAGUUACGAGAACCACUCGGCCGCCUUCAAGUUGCCUGCCUUUGUUUUAAAGGACAUCGAAUCCGUGUAG